AUGGUUUUCAAGUCCACCUUCUCCAUCCUUCUCGUCGCCACCUUGGCCGUCAUCUCCAACCUCACCCCCCAGGCCGAGGCUCACUCUUGGGCCGACUGCAUUGACUGGAAGCCCGACGGCAGCUCGAACCAGUGGACUAAGGGCAAGUGCUUGGGUUACGCCCGCCGCUACCCCACCAAGCCCAAGUUCGCCUCCCUCGAUGAUGCCGAUCCCAACCGCCACUACCAGCAGGCCCACAAGAACGUCAACAGCCAGCCCGCCUGCUCGGACGGCAAGGUCGGUGAGGAGCCCGGUGCUGACGAGACCCGCCCUGCCAAGAUCCCCGAUGCCUACUACAAGACCUCAGGCAAGAACUCUGCUUGGGGAAAGAUGACCGUCACUACCGCCGGUGAUACCCUUUGCGUCCGCUGGCCCGCCAAGAACCAUGCUGGCGAUCGUGAUGGUGGCCGCGUUCUCAUCAACUGGAUGAAGGAUGACUUGAAGAAGAACCACCCCCAGUCUGAGUUGAACAAGUUCCAGAUUACCACCCUUGAUUACUCUGCUUGUGACAAGGCCCAAAACUCUGACGUUCGUCCCUGCGGUGGAUGCUUCAAGGUCCCUGCUAAGUCUACUCCCGGCAUGUACCUCCUCCAGUGGCGCUGGCGCCUCAACUCCAACGAGUGGUACACCUCGUGCGCUGACGUUCAGGUCACCGGUUCAGGAUCUUCGGCAUCUACUACUUCUGCUGCUGCUCCUCUCCCUACUUGCAAGUAA